AUGUCGUCGCCGCUCGAGUUCGAGGAACUGUCGCAGACGUGCCGGAGGGACAGCUUCUGCCUGGACUGCUUCCACGCCUUCUGCUCCCACUGCUGCGGCUCUCAUCACCACCGUGGGCCGUUUCACACCGCCAUCUCCGUCGACGUCGCGGGCCGGCCGGUGUUCCAGCCCGGGGACUCGCAGUGGAUGCCCGACGAGGUCGUCCGCGCCAUCGCCGCGGAGGACUACGACACGCCGCUCCCCAGAGACUCCUACUGCACGGGCUGCAAGAAGAUCUUCUGCGCCGCCGCCUGCCCGCACCACAGCAACGGCACGUGCCUCGCCGGCGUCGUUCUCCGUAUCGAGGAGCAUGGAGGCGCGCACUGCGUCCGGUGCACGGGCUUCGAGCCGUGGUUCCGCCGCGUGGAGGGCUACCUCGGCGACCCGGUCGGCGAGGAGGAGGACGAGCUGCUGCUGCUGCCGGUGCUGAGGAGGGCGCCGGGCACGUGCGCGCAGUGUCAUGCCCACUGGGCGGGCUGGCAUUACGAGCAACACUGCUCGCUGCCCUGCAUUAACGCCUGGCGCCAGGAGGUCCUUAUGCGGAGGGAGCGCCGCGAGGCCAGACGCGCUGCAAGGGACCUCGCCAACCUACAAAUCCAUCACUAA